AUGGUAGACAAAAAUUCCCCAAAACUUUGGUUUUUCACUGUUAUCCGUACACGAGGCUUGCAUUUACUUCGUCCAGAAAAAUCCUGGAGACCAAUAGUCACCGUUGUCGUCGACGACCACCAAUUCCAUGAGACGAUUCUCGGCUGCGAUGGACAAAAUCCCAACUUAAAACUUCCCUUCGCACUACGAAGUGUGAAUGUUGACUCUCGUGUAAAUAUUCAAGUGUUUCAUCGAUCGCAAAGCAAGAAGAAGGGCAAAAAACGCAAUUUGGUUGCAACUGCGAGUCUCUCACUUGGAGACCUCCUAAAAAUCCAGGGAACAGACCCAAAGCUUGAAAUCAAUCUGAAUGCGACCACACGGCAACAACGCGGUUCCAGCAGAGGUAGAACAAACACCGCUUGCGUUAUUGCCAAACUGCAGCCACCGACGCAAUCUGGCAUCCUCUCAAGGUCGAAUACUUAUUCGGAUGUGGCUGAUUCUAUGAUGGAUGAGAAUUUAUCCAACGGCGAGCUCACUGAAACGGAAGUAUCUUCGUGUCAAUCUCGAUCAGAGUCCGAUCGUCCAUGGGUCGACGACUUUGGUGGAUCAGCGAUCGGCGAUUUUAGGAUAGAGACUCUAGACAUUAAAGGUUAUUGGUCCGACUCCCAUGAUGCCCAAUCAGAGGAAGAAAAAGAACCCCUACUUCAACAUGGAGCGCCACGGGCAUGCUUUGAUGACGAAGAGACUGGCGAAAGUUCUACGGACAUGCAAAAAGUUCGUCAAACUCCCACCAAGGAUGUCGCCAUCAUCUCUUGGAUAGCGGCCUCGAUUCUUCCGACAUACUCGGAGCAAAUGGCUCCUGAUCCUUCUGUGUCAGUGAUGGAGUGUUUUGUCGACAGGUUCUCCCCGUACUGGGAUCUGCGUAACGCUCGAGUCGACUCUGAUUUCGAGAAAGUGCUUUCUAAACUGCAAGCAGAGUGGUCCUUCGUAGGAGCUUCACUUGUAGCAUUAGCUGGGUUGGAUGCUGCGGUAUUUGGCUUCUCGUCAGGUUCGCUCUUCUCGGUCGACAGCCUCGCCCGGCGAGCCAUAGCCCUUGGAAGUAUAUCGUCGGGUAUUGGUAUCGCUCUAGAUGCGUGGUUUUUGUUAGCCUAUAGUGGCGCAAAUGCUUCGAAGUUUCGGAAUAUGGCUCGAGACGUGUAUGGUACAUAUAUGUUUUUCUGCAUAUCCGCGCGCAUGCCUGCUCUGUGCAUGUUUGCAUCUGCUUGCGCUCUCAUGGUAUUCUUGCUCUGUGUGUCUUGGUCAGCAUGGCCUACAGCAGUGCUCGUGAUGUCCUUCCUCGCGGGAACUAUUGUCAGCUUACAGUUUAUCGUGUAUGGCGUGCAUUGUGUGGUGCGAUCUAUAUUUGAGCUAGGGAGGGCGAUAAGGAGAGCGUUCUUACGUGUGGUUGCGGUCGUAGCUAGGAAACCACCGCCCGAUGCUAUACAAAAAGACACUCCGUCAAAUGGAGAAUAA